AGCAACAAAAAGAAAUCCAGAUGUUGGAAAAGGAAAAGCGCCAGCAACUUUUACGUGAUGCUGGGAUAAAGCUUGAGGUUGGGGCUGACGAUGGUCUUGCCAUGAAGAGUGACUUAGGAAUACCCUGGAACAAAUUAAGAAGUAUAAGAAGGGGGCUUUCCUCAUGGGGGGUUCAAAUGGCAAGUGAGAAAAAACAAAGGGAAGUUGCAGAUAAACAGAAACUAGGAGAGAUUCUAUCAGAAGACAUGCCCUUUGAGUUCAAAAAAAAUGGAAGUGGCAGGGAAAUUCGAAUGGCACCAUGUGCAAGGAUUCAGAAUCUGGAGGAAAUGGUUUUUAAUCAUUUAGAAGUGCACAAAAGUUCUGGAAAUCUAGUUUGGCAUGAAGGACUUAUCCCAAGCAAUGAAAUCUGGAUUAAGAUAGGAGGGGAUAAAGGGGGAGGAAGUUUUAAGAUGGUCUUUGCUAUUGGAAACCUACAGAACCCCAACUCAACAAGAAACACAAUAACAUUUUCGAUGUUUGAAGCAGGAGAUACACCUUACAACUUAGCUCUAGGUCUUCAAGGCUAUGACAGCGUGAUCGAAAAUCUAAAUGGACAGAAAUGGGGGGAUUGGACAAUGCGAGUAUUCUUAUUUGGAGAUUAUGCUUUCCUCUGUGCCAUAUAUGGCAUUUCAGGAGCAAGUGGAAAGCACUUUUGUCUCUGGUGUUUGAUAACUCAGGAUGAGGUCUCCAUUCCUUUAAGUGAGAGGGGUCUUAAAAGUUCAAGAACCUUACAAGGGAUUAUUGAUGAUAACAGUAAAUUUUAAGAAGGAGGGUCUAACCUUAAGAAGGCAAAGCAGUACAACAAUGUUAUAAGACAGCCUAUGUUUAA